AUCCUUUUAAAUUUCUCACAUAACCAAUAAAAGCGCAGCCAUAUCUGUUGCUUCCAUCGUAACUUAACUCGGUAAAAAAGAAGUGCGUGACAAAAAUAUGGCAGAAAUUUUGGAUAAUUGAAAUGACAGAUGCACGAUAUACAUUAUGUAUUAUUUGUUUCUGUAUACACAGAUAUAAUCAGACCUAAGAAUUAGCAUUGGAAAGUUGUAUAGAAAGAUGCAGAAAUUUAGACGAGCUCAAGUGCAAAAUAAAAUAUCGAUUAAGAAACAUUUAGAAGCAAAUGCUUAUUUAGAAUCAUCCAGCGAAGAUGAAAAUGACACGAACGAAGACGAUAUAGAAAAUGUGGUUGGCAAAGUAUUAUCUGCCUAUCAAGGAAAGGAGGAAGAUGCGGAAAAAAUUUUAUCGUAUUUAAUUAACACUUUUCAAUCUAGCAGUGCUGUCUGUUUGAUAUGUAUUUCAACAGUGAAAAAGGCAGAUGCGAUCUGGAAUUGUAACAAGUGUUUUGCUUUUCUACAUUUAUCUUGUAUUCUGCACUGGAUACAAGACAGUCUAAAUGUUAAACGUCAGAAAGGUAUUGCACCAAUUUGGGCAUGUCCAAAAUGUCGUACCGAGUAUGAUCAAGAUGAAAUUCCUCGCACCUACAAAUGUUUCUGUAAAAAAGUCACAGACCCCUCGUUUCAACCAUGGAACAUACCACAUUCUUGCGGAGAUACGUGUGGCAAACCAUUGCAACCGAAAUGUGGCCAUAAAUGUGUUUUACUUUGCCAUCCUGGACCAUGUCCGCCAUGUGCAAAAACAGUGUCGGUCACAUGUUUCUGUGGCAAACAAGUACCUCAGGUGCGGCGAUGCAAUGCCAAAAAUUGGAGUUGUAGUACUGCAUGUAACAAAAGAUACGAAUCAUGCUCUCACAAUUGUAAGCAAGUGUGUCAUUCGGGAGAUUGCCCUCCCUGUUCAGAGACAUUAUUGCUCGAGUGUCAUUGCAAGAGUAACACGGAAAUAAGGCAAUGUUCUGAAAGCAUAUGGACUUGCGACAAACCGUGCCGUAGACCUCUGUCUUGUAACGUUCAUGUUUGCCAAAGUACAUGCCAUUUACCUGGUGACUGCGAAGUUUGCCCUUUAGAAAAGAACAGAACGUGUCCGUGUGGAAAAAAGCGUUACGCUGUUUCUUGCAGGCAAGAAAAGGUACCCACGUGCGGUGAUACGUGUGGCAAAUUGUUAGACUGCGGUUCGCACUUUUGUAACAUGAGAUGCCACACGGACAAGUGUGGACAGUGUUUGGAAGUGAUUACUAAAUCUUGUCGAUGCGGUAGCUAUCGGAAAGAAGUUGCCUGCGGCAAAGAGUUUCAUUGCAAUAAGAAGUGCACUCAAGUACGUCUCUGUGGAAGACACUUGUGCAACAGGAAGUGUUGCGACUGCCUAACCAAGAGUACGUCCAACAUAUGCGAGAAAAUAUGCGAAAAUACUUUAAACUGCCGUAAACAUAAAUGUUCCUCUCCUUGCCACAACGGUCCUUGUUACCCAUGCGAACGUACCGACGUCAUCCAGUGCAGGUGCGGAUACAACAAAAUAACGGUACCAUGCGGUUUCAUGAAAAGAGUGAAACCACCGCCGUGUAAUAAACCGUGCAAAGUACCCCCUAUUUGUCAUCAUCCCAAAAGGGAAACUCAUAAAUGCCAUCAAGGACCGUGUCCACCCUGUAGAAAAGUCUGCAAUUUAGUAUACAAACGAUGCGGUCAUUCUUGCGUUGCUAUUUGCCACACGAAAGUCUGGGUGCAAGUAAACAAAAACGAUAAAAAAACGCAGCCCACGGGGCCAUGGGAGAUACAAAAAGAAAUCAUGCAGCUGAAAACACUGCCGUGUCCACCGUGCGAAGUUUCGGUGUCGGUUGAAUGUUUGGGCGGUCACGAGACGCGUCCGUGGCCUUGUCACAUGGCUAGACCUACCUCUUGUGGAAGACUUUGUGGAAGGACGCUACCCUGCACGAAUCAUACUUGCGAAUUGGUUUGUCAUAGAUUAUCAUCUUCGGGGGAUGGCAAGAUCAGUACUCCAUGCAUGGAAUGUGAAAAACCAUGUAUAUCCUCGCGGCCGCAAGGUUGCACGCAUUUCUGCCCAAAACCAUGUCAUCCGGCGCCAUGUGGUGCUUGCAAACAACUAGUGAAAAUUUCAUGUCAUUGCGGGAUAGGUACUCUGUAUCGAAGAUGCGCCGAAUUAACAUCCGCCACUAUAGAACAACGCAACGAGUUGCUCAAGUGUGGAAAUCAGUGUCCUAAAAAUUAUCCUUGCGGACAUCGGUGUGUGCAAGACUGUCACCCGGGUCAGUGUAAAAACGAGAACGAGUGCAACAAGAAAGUGAAAUUAUUCUGUUCAUGUAAACGGAUAAAAAAAGACUUCGUCUGUUCGACGGUGCAAAAACAGCAGAUUCGUAUACAAUGCGACGAUGUUUGCAAGAAGUUGAAAAACGAGCGAAGCCAAGCGGAAGCUAUUUUAUUGGAACGAAAACGCCAAGCUGAAGAGAUACGCAAUCAAGAGGAAAUUGAGAAAUUUGAACGGAAAUUCAAACCGCGUCGCAAAGGAAAGGAGAAAUUUGAUAAGAAACAAUCGCAAAGAGAAACAAGUAGUAAUUAUUGGAAAUAUUGGAUUUCUGCAAUUUUAAUAUGUAUAAUUGGCAUAGGAAUAUUUUAUGCGAGUGUUCAGAAAUCGUGAGCAGUGAUCCGAAAUUGAGCCUAAUAAGCAUAAUAUUGCUUUAAAAAAAAAACUAUAUUUUUUAGUCAAGUUUGAUCGUUUAAUUUUAAAGUUCGUUCCGUUUCGAUCUAGCAUAUUCAGUAUAGUGAAAUACCAAACAUACAUUUAUAUAUCUUUGUAAUCUUUGCUCAAAGUUUUACGAAAAUGUAUCGUUAUUAUUUUAUGGAAUUUGUGCCAUGAAAAUAAGAUACAGCCCAAAGAAUUUUAACAUUAAACGAAUGUACAAAUACAUUUUAUGGAAUACGA